AUGUCACAACCAUCCCAGACCUAUGUCAAGCCCAGACGCUAUGGAAAGAGCGAAACUGACAAGGAGGAACCAUGGGCAGAGAAGCCCCUCAUGGAGACCAAGAGGGAAUCCAUUUUCACUGUGCCCAGUUUGGAUGGCGCUGCCCAACCAUGCACUCCUCCCACCUUGCUGGUCAAGUCAAGGGAACCCCCUGCCCCCUCAUCUUCGCCGCACGGAACCCAGGACACAGUCUUCAGGAUCAGAGCAGAGAAGAAUGGUGCCCCAGUUCGCAUGUUUCCAGUGUAUUUCGAAGACGAUGGGACACUCUGUUUCCAAGAUGAUGAUGGCCUAGAAUCUGACAACUGGAGAUCUAAAUGGUGCUCAGAACCGCAAAUCUUCCGAAACGUAGAACAUUACAUCCUCAUAGCGAAGCUAGGAAGACCAGAAAAUCAGACAGCAGUAUUUGAGGAGAUGACAGAUCAAGACAAGGAUGAUGAGUCCGGAAUCAGGUUCAUCAUUCACAGUUAUGAGGACACUGUGCCCAGAGCGCAGAGUGUAGCCCUGACCACAAGAAAGGACAACAAAACCUACUGCUUGCGUGCUGAGAAACAAGCAAACGGAGAAAUGCGGGUGGCAUUCCAGGAAAGCAACAUUCCAGAACGCAUUUCAGGAGACACCAGCGGCAUCAUCUUCUUUCAAAUCCCAUUUUCAGAAGGCGACAGCAAAUUCUUCAAAUUUGAGUCCACACUGCAGCGGGGUUACUUCCUUGCCUUUGAGCGAGGCGAGGGCAACCACACCCGGAGACUGAUCAUGAAGAGAGUACUCACAAAAGAUGAAGUGGAUGAAACCAUCAAACUGUGCCCUUCCUCAAACUAG